GAUGUUUAGCUGGUCGUAUGAAUUUGGGCGGGAUGUCCUGUGUGUGGACUACAUGGUCUUCACUCUUCGCCUCCUUCACAUUGUUGCCAUUCACAAACAGCUGGGACCCAAGAUUAUCAUUGUUGGCAAGAUGGUGAAAGAUGUCUUCUUCUUCCUCUUCUUCCUGGGAGUGUGGCUCAUGGCGUACGGAAUAGCCAAUCAGGCUUUGCUUUACUCCUAUGAUCCUAACUUUGGUCGCAUUUUCCGAAGAGUUUUCUACAGACCUUACUUGCACAUCUAUGGACAGAUUCCUGUGGAGGAGGUCGAUGUUGGUAAGGUGUGGGAUGUAACCUGUACAGAUGACACAACAUUGAUUGAGGGUGGUGCAGAGCCAUGCAGAUCUACGCACAAUAACUGGCUGGUGGCCAUUCUGUUAGUUAUUUAUCUCCUGGUUACAAACAUUCUACUCAUAAACCUGCUUAUUGCAAUGUUUAGCUACACCUUCACUGAAGUGCAGGCCAACAGUGACAUCUACUGGAAGUUUCAGCGCUACAACCUAAUUGUCCAGUAUCACUCCAAGCCCUCACUGGCUCCUCCUUUCAUCAUCCUCUCUCACAUCAAUUUAUUUAUCAAGAGGGUCAUCCGUAAGGUUCCCUCUGUCAAGAUCCACCACUUUGUUUUGCAGUUAAAGGGAAAAGCAGCAAACAGAUUAAUGACGUGGGAAAGUAUCCAGAAAGAAGACUUCCUGACUGCUCAAAACAAAAUCCAGAAGAGUAGUGACUCGGAGAAACUGAAGCGGAUGUCUGACAAGCUGAAUGGUGUGAUGAAACAGUUGUCUGAAAUCAAAGAGUUUGAACACAGACUCAAAUCCCUGGAGAAUGAGAUGGAGUACAGCUCAGAUGCUCUCAGGUGGAUUGUGGAAACUUUGGCACAAAGCAGCACAUUGAAAAACCCUCGACCUCCACCUGUAUCAAGAGAUGCCGUCUCCACUUCCUCCAGUUCAUAUUGAUUAUGCCUUUGGGUUAUCACUGAGGCAGUAAGGAUCAGGAAAAAGACAAAUACUAGAGCACAUAGUCAUGUUUAUCACUACAGUUUACAACCAAGACCAGAACUAAAUAAGUUCACCUUUUAAAAACUGACAGUAUUUUGUUAAGGAAAACUUUUUUAAAUACCAAGAGCAAUGGAUGAAUGUUAUUAACAAUUUACAUUCUGGUAAAACAGAUGUUUACACUUGGUUGCAUUAAAUGUACAUUUAUGUUGCUACUGCUCAGUAAAUUUUAUAAAGAGAAUGAAAAAACAUUUUUACAGAAAUUUGAGAUUUUUCUAUAUUUAUGAGAAGAUUUAUGUUUCUGUUACAGACUCAUUAGCUUUAUUUUUUGUGUUUUUU